CGUUCUGACUGAGCGCAGGUGAGAGGAAGUUCAACUGAGUUUUCCUCUGUAGACUUUAAGUUAAUAACAAUACUUUUCUUCACAUACAGCUGCUGUCUUUGUAAAGUUUUCACCUCAGUGCCUUCCUGAGUUAAUAUCACUUCUCAGUCGUCAUGGCCACGCGUCUCAGACCGUGUAAUAAGCGGUGUGCCGUCAUUGGCGGCUCUGGCUUCCUGGGCAGACACCUGGUGGAGAAGCUGUUGGAGCGAGGCUACUCUGUGUCAGUGUUUGACAUCCAUCAGAGCUACGAGCUGCCUGGGGUCACCUUUCACCAGGGAGACCUCUGCAACAAACAGACUCUCCUGCCAGCGCUGAAGGACGUGUCCCUGGUAUUCCACUGUGCUUCUCCAGCUCCUGGCAGUGAUAACCGUGCAUUGUUUGAGAAAGUCAACAUCCAGGGCACACGCACUGUUAUUCAGGCCUGCAAAGAAGCUCAAGUACAGAAAUUGGUCCUGACAAGCAGUGCCAGUGUAGUGUUUGAAGGGACAGACAUUAAGAAUGGACGCGAGGACCUACCAUAUGCCAAGAAGCCCAUGGACUACUACACAGAGACCAAGAUUGAACAGGAGAAGUUGGUCCUCGCAGCUUGUGACAAAGAGAACGGUUUCUUCACAGUCGCCAUCCGCCCUCAUGGCAUCUUUGGCCCCCGGGACCCACAGCUGGUUCCUAUCCUGGUGGACACGGCUCGCAGGGGCAAGAUGAAGUUCAAAAUUGGCGAUGGGACCAAUCUGGUGGAUUUCACUUUUGUGGAGAACGUCGUUCAUGGGCACAUCCUGGCUGCUGAACACCUGAGGCCAGACUCGCCUAUAUGUGGAAAGCCGUAUCACAUCACUAAUGAUGAACCAGUGAGAUUCUGGGACUUCAUGUCUGAGGUGCUGGUCGGACUGGGAUAUGCUGCCCCGCGCUACCGCCUCCCCUACACCUUUGUGUACGGACUGGCCGUCCUCCUCUGGCUGCUGGCUCUGAUCUUGCGUCCACUAGUGUCAUUCAAACCCACAUUUACCCCAAUGAGAGUGGCUCUGGCUGGAACCCACCACUACUACAGCUGUGACCGCGCUAAGCAGGACAUGAGCUACAAACCGGUAGUCAGCCUGAAGGAGGGCAUCGCCCGCACCGUGCAGAGCUACCCUCACCUCAGACAAGGGGCCUGAUGUGAGGAUGGAGAUGAAGACUGUCGAGAUAAGUAAUUCUCUGGAUGUUAGCACAGUCGUGGUGAAAAUGAGGUGAUAAAGUCACCCGUGAAUGGACUAAACAAAAUGGGAAACCUCACUAUGUAUACUGCAUAAUGUUUAUAUGUGUGGUGUUUUUUUUUGCCAGCAGAUGGCAGCAGAGACAGUUUACUGCAGUUGGUUAUGAACAAGCACUUUUGAACAGAUUCUGUCCGCUUAAAUGUCCUGAUCUUACACUUACAAAUGUUCUGUUUUCAUGUUUCACCUGUUGUGCUGUACACGCAUUGAGAUGCUGCUGAUAAAUGACGAUACGUGCAUUCCA